CGUGGUUUACUUCUUCCACGGCGGAAGACUAGCUUUCAUUUUCUUCUUCUUCUCUGGUUCCACUGUGUCUCACCGGCGAACAAUUUCUAUGGUUAUGGCGAUCUCUUUCUCCGCAACUCCUCCAUCUUAUACUAUCCGACCCUACGGGAACACCAAAUACUGUCCGGUUCGUUUUUUCCGGACGACUCCUUCAAAUUUAGGUUUGAAGCUCUGUCAAAAUGAAAUCAAAUUCUCGCCACAGGGAUUCCGGUUCGUUGCUUCGGCGGUGUCUGGGUCUGCCGGAAAGAAUUCAGUCUUCUGAGGUGGGUAAAGAUACAGAAAAUUUGUUGGAUGAAGUGCAGGUGUUUGGUUUGAAUGGGAAGGGAAUUCCAAUUUCUGAUUUAUGGAAGGACAGGAAAGUAGUUGUUGCAUUUGCUCGCCAUUUUGGGUGUGUCCUCUGCCGCAAACGGGCUGAUUAUCUUGCCGCCAAGAAGGAUGUAAUGGAUGUAUCAAAUGUGGGACUUGUUCUAAUUGGACCUGGAAGUGUUGAUCAGGCAAGAGCAUUUGCUGAACAAACAAAAUUCCAAGGAGAAGUUUAUGCAGAUCCAAGUCACUCAUCAUAUGAGGCAUUAAGAUUUGUUUCUGGGGUUUCAACCACAUUUACACCCAAAGUAUGUACAAAACAUAGAAUUGUGAGAUUGAAUAUGGUAUUCCUAUUUAGUUUGAUAAGCAGCACAUUGGAUAAUUUUUAGCCAACAAUAUCAAUGGUUUAUAGAUAGGAAGAUGCAUAUAAAAUUCUAGAUUUCUGUAAAUUGCAGCAACCUUUAUUUUUAUAGUUGUUUGCAUGACAUGUCAGGCGGGUCUUAAGAUAAUACAGUCAUACAUGGAAGGCUACAGACAAGACUGGGAGCUUUCAUCUGAAAGAGACACCGUGAGGAGAGGUGGUUGGUAUGUCAAGACAACUAUUUUGUCACUAAUAACCUAAGUUUGAGGCAUUAUGGACAUUCAGUACCUUGGGCAAAACUAAAAUCAAGAUGGCACAACUUUUAAGUCUUUUCUCUGAUAUAUGAAGUAGUCUUUUUUGCUAAAUAUGUUGUAUUGCCUAGGGCAAAAAGAAGCAAUAAAGCCUAUAAAAUCUAGUUCGUCACCUCAUGUGUGAUAACACUAACACCUUCAUCUGCUUAACUUAUCAAUUUUGCAUAACUACUUUUUGAACUGAUUUAUGAUGGUUGUUUCGCAGGCAGCAAGGUGGAAUUUUAGUUGCAGGUCCUGGUAAGGGGAACAUCUCAUACAUCUACAGGGAUAAAGAAGCAGGAGAUGAUCCAGAUAUUGAAGAUAUCCUUAAAGCCUGUUGCCCAUGAAGAGGUGGAGUAUCCAAUUUACAGAAACAUAGUAGUCAUUGAUCAGGAUCUCAGUACUUAAUUACUG